UAGUAUUGUUUAAAUAUUCUUGAAUUAUCGAAAUAAAUACAGCAUUCAAACUCUACAAAAUUUUUACCUGAUUGAUAGACAAUACAUAUGUAUACAUAAAAACAGAAAACACCAAUUGUCUAGAUGUUCAAUGGUCUAACAUUUCGGGAUUAAAUUUAGCCAUUUUAAAAGUACAUGUUUACCAACCGAUAGUUGUCGCUGCUUAUAAUUGACUAAUUCAACGCAUGCGUGAAUACAAAAAUGAAGAUAAAAUUCAAAAAUUAAUUCCUACCGCUAAGUUUUGAUAUAAAUUUAUUAAUAAUACUGAAAUUAUAUUUAUAUUGACAAUGCCUUUCUCAAAUUUAUCACAGUUAUCGCUCUUCAAAAAUAAUUUGCCAUUAAACAAUCAUGAUUUAGGAGAAAUUUAAAAUUUUAUCACAAAUUCACCACAGUCUGUCAUGUUUAAGCAUGAAUUCUGACAUCUCAGUACCAGAGACUCUCUCUUCACAGUAUUUUUGAUAGCACCUUUAUGUACUAUACAUAUAUACACGUAUAAAACUGUAGUUUUACUGCUCAAUUGUUAUAAAUUUCCCUUUUAAUCAGUAGAAACUUAAUUUUUAAUUGAAAUAAUUAUAUAAUUAUUACUACUAAUUCACCAGAAAUUGUUAUAAUUUUUGGUAAUUAUGGAUUCUGUUGAUCUUGACAACUUGUUCAAAACAAUGGAAGUAGUACCCUAUCUAAUGCAACAGGAAAGAGAAUUACGUGAUCCAUCACCAAUUAAUGAAGACGGAGUUCCUAUCAGAAAACUCUUUGUUAGCAAUUUGGCAGAUCGCACAACAACUCGAGAUUUAGAAGAAUUAUUUUCGGUUUUUGGAAAAAUCGACAGUUGUUACCUUAAACGAACUCAUGGAAAAAGUAGUUUUGGUUUUAUAACUUACAGUGAUGCUGAAAGUGCUGUCGAAGCUAGAAAAGCUGCCUAUUAUAGUACAAUCCACUUACACCGUCGUAUUCUUAAAGUCUUAUCAGCCGACCCAUGGCAUCAACCUGAUAGUAUUGAAAAUAAAAAACGAUUCUUAGUUUUAAAAAAGAAUAAUUUGGAUAAUUCAAAAAGUGAUGAAGAAUUGUCUGAACCAAUUACGAAUCUCGAUUCUCCUAUCAAUGUCUUAAAUGAUGAUUGCUUAGUUAAAAUAUUUUUAUACCUUCCAAUUGCUGAUAGAGUACGUAUGGAAAGAGUAUGCAAACGAUGGCAAAUUCUCAGUCAAGAGUCUUGGAGAGCAGUGAAAAGAUUAGAUUUGGAAACAAAAACUUGGGGAUUGGCUUCGAAGUACAGUUUUCCAUUAGUAAAUACAAAUACACUUAGAAAAGUUUUAAUUCGAUGUGGACAAUAUUUAACACAUUUAAAUUUAUCAAAAUCACCUCAUAUUUUAAGCUCAAGUACAAUAACAAUUGUCGGUAAAUUUUGUCCGAAAUUACAAUUUAUAGAUAUUACUGCAUUAGAAUUAUCACCAUCUGGAAUUAAUUCUUUAAUGACAAACUGUUUGAAUAUUAAAAAAUUUGUAAUGAAGUCACUGUCUGGUCCUUGCGAGAAAGCUUUAUCAGAUUUUUUCUCUCUUAAUACAAAUUUAAGACAUCUUGGUAUCGAAGGAGACCAUCAUAUUACCGGCAAAUGUCUAAAAUACUUACAUGAAAAUAAAAUAGAAGAACUUCAUUUUAAACGUUGUAAUUCACUUUUAUCAACUUAUUUAAAUGAUGCUAUUGAAAGAUUUAUUAAUUUACAAUCUCUUACAAUAAAUUCAUGUACUUGCAUCACGGAUGAAACACUACAAGUAAUAGGAAAAAAUAAACUCAUCAAAAAUUUAGAAUUUAGUGCAAUCUAUCCAUUGAUAUCAGUACAUGUAAUGUAUCCUAUAGCAGAUCUGGUCAAUUUACAAUGGUUAAAUCUUCAGAGAAAUUAUGCCGUUACUGAUGAUUUAUUAAUCAGAAUUUCUAUGCAUUGUAAACAAUUAAAUUUUUUAGAUAUAAGUUUUUGUGAUAAUAUAUCUAAUAUAGGUAUAAGUAGUUUAGUUUCUUUAUUAAAAUUAGAAACACUCAAAAUGAUUUGUUUGGAUAAAGUGACUGAUGAAGCGCUUACAGAUCUACGGGGUUUAAAACAACUCGAAUGCCAAAGAUGUACUAAAAUUGAAGAUACUGGGAUAAUGAAUUUUAUUCGAAUUGCCAAUAACUUAGAAUUUCUUAAUGUUUCUAAAUGUUCAAUUUCAAAUUUAACAUUAGAGACUGCUGUCACUGUAACUAAACGACGAACUAAUAACAAAAUUCUUAAAAUUAUUAUAGGAGAAACUAAUACAAAUGUAUCAAACUUGUCAGAAGUAUCGCCAUUGUUACAAAUUGUUAAUGUUUAUAUUGGUUAAUUAUAUGUGUAUGUUAAAAUUUUUUAUUUUUUAUAAUAGAUUGUCAAUAAUUUUGUGUGUGAUGUUAUGAAAUGUAAUGUAUAGUAUGCUAUUUAUUUAAUUGUGUCUUUUUUGUUGAAUUUUCGGUACUAUCUGACACUAAAAAAAUUCAUAUAAAGAAAAUAAAUGAAUUACAUGAGU